GCGUCACGCAACCCGUCGUCUGACCGCUUCCUCUUUCUAAACAGCUCUGUCUGGAGCUUCACCGAAGUGGGUCAAAGUAACACAAAAGCUCCACGGGGACUUAAAGCUCGGUUUAUUUCAAACACAAGACGGACAAAUGGAAGAAACUGUGAAAGUUUGGUCAGCGCCGCGUCGGUCUGAAGAUUAUCCGUCAACUUUUGCGAAAUCAGACAGCGUGGACCUGUUGAGCUGAAGCUCUCGUAUUUUGGAUCCAGUGAGGUGUGUUGGUGCUCCUCCCGGUCAGGUGACUAAGGUGUGUCGGAUCGUAGGAGAUGCUUUGUUCUCGUUUACCUGUCGGUGAAUUGAUACGCGUCUCCCGCGCGGCUUUAGUACUGAACCAGGACGCCGGGGGGAAAUGAUCAAAUAACUUCGGAUGAAUUGUUCACAUCUUUGGGUAACAAUAUCGCCUUUAUUUAUGCAUGUAAGUUAACCAAGCUUUUUCAUGCCUACGUUAUCGGUGAAUCCAAACAAAACAGAUCAAUCGUCUCACUUUUACCAUGGAAACGAUUUACCACAACCGCACGAGGAGUUAUUCUAGCACCCUUUAACUGUGGAAAUAAACUUUUCUUCUACCUUUAUUUGGGUAAAAUGAUUGUCUAAACUAACAACACGACACAGGACUGGGCGUUUUAUCGGUUUUAUUGGAUUAUAAAGUAACGUUACACAAUGGCUCUUUCUCAAGUCCAGUGUCUUGAUGACAAUCACGUGAAUUGGCGUCUUAACGAAUCCAAACCGGAGUUUUUUUACAGCGAGGAUCAGCGGCUCGCGCUCGAGGCGCUCAUCACCAAAGGACGCGACGCGUUUGACAGCUAUGUGAAAGAGCACGAGCUGCGUCCGUUCCUCUCGGACCCUGAACUCGAACAGCUCCGACGGAGUAUUGAGGAUUACGAACCCGGUUCCGAGCAUCAAAAAACGGAUGGCUUGACGGAGGGAGAUGACAGUGCUGUGUCUUUGCAGUACUGGCCGGACCGCUCGGACAUCGCCAUACCGAAUUUGGACCUCGGAUGGCCCGACUGCAAUUCGUAUCGUGGAGUCACGCGCGUCAACGUGUACACGCAGCCGCCGACGGACGGACAGACUCAUAUAAAAGAGGUGGUGAGAAAGGCCAUCGCGCAAGCACAGAAGAUGAUAGCUGUGGUAAUGGAUGUCUUCACAGAUGUUGACAUUUUUAAAGACCUAAUAGAGGUUGGAUUCAAAAAGAAAGUGGCUGUUUACAUAAUCAUAGAUUACGCGGCUGUACAGGACUUCCUAUUUAUGUGCGAGAGAGCAAAUAUGCACAGAGGACAUCUCAACCAUCUGCGGGUACGAUGCAUCGGAGGUGCGGAAUUUUACACCCGCUCGGCUCAAAAGGUGCAAGGGUCGUUGGGUUCGAGAUUCAUGUUUGUGGAUGGAGACCGUGCUGUGUCUGGAUCAUACAGUUUUACAUGGACAGCUUCUCGUAUGGAUCGUAACGUCAUUACAGUCCUGACAGGACAAGCUGUUGAAACCUUUGACAAGCUAUUCCGUGAGCUGUACUUGAACUCCCGUGGAGUCAACCUAUCCAAGGUUCCACUGAUAGAUCUUCCGGAGCCCGAGCCCACCAUUGUUACCGCCCCUCCCCCUGUAUCUGCGACUGUUGCAAGAAAGCUAAUUAAUCCUAAAUAUGCACUGGUAAAUGUUGACACAUCUAGCAAAACGUCUUCAGGCAAGGCUAGUGCCAAGAACGGUAGCUCCCAGAAUCCUGCGGGCCCUGUUCCUAAGACUCAACGCGAGUUAGCUGAAGAACCACAAAAGCACCCAGGACUUGUAGGUUUGGGAAAGGCAGAUCUCAUUUCCUACUUGCCUAUCUGGCCUGAGCCGGACCCACCCAGUGAUGUAAUAGGGUUUAUUAAUAUACGAGACACGAGCAAGCCUGCACCGGUGCAUUUAAUGCGCUCGCAGAUGUUUGGAACAUCGCAAGCGAUCCGCUUCAAAGACCCUUUCGUUGCCCCACCCGAGGAUCCGCUACCAGAAAAGGCCCAACUUAGGUCAGAACAGCGGAAAAAAGAUACUGUAGAUGCGAAAGUUCCAUCAAGCAACCAGCCCCCAAAAGAUGACCAGCCAAAUAACCAGCUCGCAAUUAAUGCUCAACCGGAGAUGAACUCCGUCAGCAAUCAUCAAGAUGCUUCAGCGUCUCCAUUCCAUUUUCCAAGCACCCAGACGGAGCACAAUGACCCCAACCCCGCUCCUCCACAUGAGCAACAGCCCAACCCUAAACCGAUGCAUUCCUCUUCAGAAAACCUGCAGGCUACAGAACACCCUGUGCCCAAGCCACGCACCUUACGCGUGGUAGUGAAGUCGCCGGAGGGAUCUGAAGAUACAGAUAUCAGUUUGGUCAAAAGCGAGGAGAACCACAAGGUUACGCACAAGGAUGCCCGUGAAAACGAUGCUGAUAGCACCGUUGCGAUUUGUGAAAAUUCAUUUAAGGAUAAAGAUGAGACUUCCAUAACAUCGGAUGAGUACUUUGAGUGUCCCGACACAGACAGUGCAAGUCCUAUUGACAAGCUCCCUAACGGAACGUUGACGGGCUCCAGUCGAAUUGGAGACCACCCCCAUGACACAGUUAACAUGAUGGCCCGGUUCUCUCAAUCCAUGCUGGACUUGCGAUCAGAUGAUGUCGAACCAGGCCUACAAGGUGCUGUUGAGAAAAAUCUACUGAACGCACAGAACGGAGACAAAGCAAAGCUUAAUCGAACUGUCUCCAGGUCACCUGUUCGAGACCCCUAUGGCCGAGCCAAAAUGGUGAAUGCUAAACCAGGAGCGUUUAAUGCACCCCAUCAAAACAGCGGGCAUGUGAUGGGGGGUCAUAGGUACUGGUCGGGGAAGGUUUAUGACCAUGAACUCCCCUCAAGUGGAUUAAUACAGCAAAAUUUGAACCGUACUGGCCGGUCCCCUCAAAGACUCAGCACUGCCUAUAGAAUAGAUGGACUGCAAAGCAACCAUUCGCCUGCUCAUCGGCUCACACACUCCUCUAAAUCCCCACCCGCUCAUCGGGCAUCUCAAAUGAACUCUUCUUUGCCUCGGGGACACGUUGACACGCCAUUAGGAAUCUCUUUUUCUAAACUUGCCAGCUUCAAAAACCUUCAAAAGAAGGUUUCUGUCAACCCGACUGGUUUUCCCUUGGGGGAUCCAUUGUCACGGGGACGCAAUGACAAUUAACUGACAUAACAACUUUGUAUUGAGUACAAAGGCAUGAAUGUGCAAUAAUGUAGCCACCAAUCUGCAUUAAUAUAGACUGGAUUCAAACUGGAUUUUUAAACUAACACAGUGUUAUAGGAUAAAAACACUGUAUUUAAUAGCUGGACGAUGGUGAAUUUUGGUAGGGCAGUGAGUAAUGCACAAUUAUCUAUUACAAACAGCCUGAUUUUGUUGAUGUGCCUGUAGAGUCUGGACUGCUUGUUUAGGUGUGGACUGGAAUUUGGUGGUGGAUUACUGGAUUUGUGACCACGGUGAUGGCAAUUUCACAUUUGACCUCUAUUAUUUGCUAACAGUAUCUUCCAUUGAGAGAAAAGGAGUGAGCUAAAUAUCAUGUGUUGGCUAGGGGUUGCACGGACUGAUCGAUUACUUUCGCCAUUGGCCAAAUAUGUUCGGAAAAAUAUAAUGUAACCUAGAGGUGGUUUAAAUCCUCAAAAUAUGUUAUGAAGAACCACAGUGAAUGAAUGUGCUGCCAAUGUCGGGCCUGAUAUGUUGUCCGAGUUCAUUUAAAGCUGUUCACAUACAUUUUUGUGAAACCCAUCUUGUGAGUUGGACAUUACUGUUUUCUGCAUUGUUUCGUCAAUGACUGCACUGUUAAAAAAAAAAUGCAACAAAGUUAAAACAAUUUGAUUUUGCAAGUCAAUUCAAACUACACUUUUAAGUUUGUACUGAGGGGCAAUCGUUCGAUCUCUCUGAUGAAAUCAAUACGGAAGUGACUUAAACUGCAAUUAAUUGACUGGCCACUAGAGGCUGGCUCCAAAAGGGAAUCAAUUCCCAUAGACCCCCUUGUUAAAAUGCACAACUUUACAGCAGAAAAAAAUGUUUACAGCCUGGUACAAAGUGUUUUUGGUCUAUAUAGCUAAUUUUUAAAUGCAACUUAUUAAAACAAUUUGAAAUUGUUUUACUUAUAUUUUAUGUUACUUUAACUUAAAAAAAUUUGAUUUGACAAAAUGCUGCAUUUUUUUAUUUUACAGUUUGCAAAUGUUACAUCACCUAAUUUGAACGUGUAUGGCGACUAGUAAAAACAAGUAGUCGUGCAAGCCUUAGUGUCUUCCUGUCAAUUUAAAGUGGAUUAAGUUGAACAGCUAGCUAGAUUUUUUAUCUGAGUAUUUUUAAAGAUUUGCAAUUAUUUUCUUUACCUGCCGAGGAGGUAUUGGGAAAAAAAGGUUUUAAGGGUGUAAACUAAAGAAAGUGUUACAACUUAUUUUCACAAAUACAGUUUUCAAAGAGACAUCUCACAUGUUUGCUUUUAAGUUUGUAUUAAAAGUUUUUUCUAACAUAAUCUUAAAAUCUUUCAGAAAUUUUUAGAUGCUAAUUUGCUCCACACUUAUUCCUACAGUCUUUGUAGGGGAUAUACUUGAAUCAUCUGGUGAACUUUUAAAUAGACGCAAGGCUUCAUUUGCUUUUUCAAUAUAGGCCUCAUAAGGUGGCCGCAGUAUUUAAUUUGAUGUGAAAUAAAACAAGGCUGUGAGGGAUCGAUAUUAGGCAUGGGCCAGUGACCGGUUUCAAGGUAUACCAAGGUUUUAAACAGUCAAGGUUUCAAAACCACUCAAAUAUUCUGUGAUACUGUCUCUAAAGUAAGACCUGUGUUUAUACAAAAUUCAUUACAUCAUUAAGUCAUGUGAUUGAUUUGAUGUUCAUAUUAAAUAUACAUCAGAAAAUAUUAUAUAUUUUUUGAAAGCAUAUUAUAAUUUAUUUGAAAAUAACACAUUUUAGUGUUGCAAUGUCAAUACCACAACACUGUGAAACUGUGGUAAGGUUAUCAUACCGCCAGAAUCUUAUACCGGCUCAUGCAUAAUAGACAAUUUAGUACAAACAAAAAAAAAUCUAAAAUGGCUUAUAAAAAUAAAUUAAACAUGCAGUCCUUUAAUUUUGCCUUUAUCACCAUCUCUGUUUGAAACAUAACAUUGCAAGUACUUGUUUACAUGUACAGAAAAACGAUUAACGUUUACUACGAAAUCUGAUCUGGUAGUUCAAAUUGAAGAGCUCCGAUGCAAAACCCUCUAAGUGUGCAUUUCUUGUAAAUUAGCAUUUCUUAUCAGACUGUAUGCUUAUUCCAACAAACCAGUAUUUCUUAAUGGCUUGAGGCCAGGAUUAAGCAGAUUUGAAGCGAAAGUAUUUGGGUGAUUCUCACGAAAACUUGGUCAAGCAUGAAAAUGUAAAAAUUGCUUAAAUUUACUUUUUUCCCACCAGACAUUGAAAAACAAAGUCUGGAGUAAAUGGGAACAUUAAUUUAAACAAUUUUACUUAUCAUUUAACACUUUUUGUAACAUAAUUUAAAAAAUUUGUCCUAAAAAAUCUCAUUACCGCAACAGUCAGAAAACAUCAACACUGACAUAUUUUCAAAAUGACAUGACAAACCUGAAAGAACAUAAUUUGGAGAUUGUGCACAUGCAUUUAAAAUCAAAGUAUUAUGCUUCUAUUAAUUAAAUUAAAUUAAACAUUUAAUAAGCAUCUGUUGCGGUAAUGAUAAUCAAAAUGUCGUGUAAGCAUUCUGACAAGACAAUAUUUCAAAUUAACUGUAAAAAAAUGAUCUUACCUGGUAGCCAUCUUGAAGUAACUGGUCCAUGUGCUUGGUCACUCAAAAUCAAACUUUAUUAAAAUUCUGUAUGUGUGCUUAAACUGUUCUCAAAAAGUGUUGCGGAGGAUGAGAACAUCAGGCAUGGACACAUAAUUUUCAUAAUUUUUCUUCAUUAUUAUUAUACAUGAAUAUUCAGUAAAUAUUUUUUCUGUCAUCUAAAGUAGUCUAGCAAAACAUCCAUUUAUUUUUUUUCGAAAUAUUUUUGUGUUGAUUUGAUUAAAUUACAACAUAACACAUGUUCAAACACAGCCGGACACAUUGCGGUAAUGAGAAUUUCAGCAGAAAAUGAGAUAAAAUUGACAAAUUAUAAAUUCUUAUGUUGAAAUCACACAUUGUGCAAGGUAGAACACAGUAUUGUUUUAAUUCUGAUGCUUUUUAAUAUUACUAUAUUACACAUUUUAUAGCUAAAAUCAUUAGUGCCGUGGUGUUUCAAUGGUUUCGUGAGAAUCACCGAUUUGAUGAACGCAUAAUACAUGCAAAGAUCAUUCGGUUAAGAUCAUCUCAUUUUUGACAAAGGCACCGUUUAGCGUUUUUUGGAUCUGAGCUCAUGAAUUGUAAAUCUUUAUUAUAAGCUUACCUUUUUUAAUCAUUUUGUUUUUGUUUAUUUUUAAUCAUAAAAGUUACAAAUUGCAGCUUUAAGAUUCUACUAAUGAACUUGACGUAUAUCCCUCACAGCCCUGUUUUUGUUCAUUUCAACUUACAAAAGUCAACACUGCCUAUAUGGUCCAUUGGUAGAAAGAAAUGAUGGCUUUGUAGAUUUUUCUGCAAAAGCCUCUACCUCUGUCUUUAAACCUGCGGUCUUUGUGGCAAACAAGCUAUACAACAUAUUGCUUUGUGUGAAUGCAACUCGCAACGCAAGGCAUGUCUUGUACGUGAAACUCUUUACAACGUGUCAAACCCAGGAUCAGUUAAUAUUUUUGAAAGUGUGUGUGUAAGCCUACCUGAUCUGUGCACCAGUACCAUGUUGCAAGAAUAGUUAAGCCCAGUGUCAUGCCUGGCCAGGGUAAGUCUCCAUGAACAGGGUCUCUGAACAGGUGCAUGGCAUCAGCUCUGGGCAGGUGACAUGUAGUGUUUGGGAUGAUCUUCGAUGGUAUGGCUUUCAAAUACACACUCUCCAGGUUAUUGUAGCCUCCGAUCUUAUUAAAUGCUGCAACAUGUACAGAGAAACAUAUCAGAUACAUCUGCUCUUGUGAUGGGUAAAAUGUUGAGGCGUAGCAUAAAUGUUUCUUUUUUAUAGUAGCUGUAAAAUAAUGUGGUUUACUUGGAUUACAAAGAAUGGAAUGUAUGUUUUGAGUUUAACAAUUUAAAAAUAAAUAUUUAAAUCCUU